AUGAUUGGGUCCACGACGACGGAGUUCCUAUGGCUGGAGAACGAAGGGGAACUCACGGGCUGGACCCAGCACUCCAUCAGCGACGGGGGCGCGGACGUGCAUUUCCGGAAUGCCCAACUGGGCUCUUACGAUGUCUUCAUCGUCGGGGAGUUCUUCGCGGAAUCCCUCACCGUCUACUACGUCGCGGGGAACGAUUGGGCGAGCCCCGAUGCCAAUGUGCAACGAAUAGUGAUCGAUACACCGGGCCAGAUCUUCGACGUUUACGUGGACGACUUCAACCGAGACGGACGCUACGAGGUCUUGGCCACCGUUUACGAUGGGGACGAGGGGCACGUCUACAUCUACGACAUUCCUGCCGACUUCUUAAACGAUCCAUGGGAAAGGCGGAGCAUCGCGGACGAGUUCUUCGCCAAUUUCAUUCUGCUCGGCCAAUCCAUGACCCCUGGUUCGCCGAAGCCUUUCUACCCCUCGGAGGAAUACGAAGAACAAACGACGCCCGACGGAAGACAGGUGAAGCCGUGGAUAUCUCUGUCCGGCGACGACGAUGGGAAACAUUACAUCCUGGUGCCUGUGUCGGAGGACGCGGACGACUGGACCUAUGAGAAAAAUAUCCUCGUUGACACUGGGGCCACCACGUCCGGAAAAAUCGCCAUCGCGGACCUUGACGGGGACGGAUACACUGAACUCAUAGCAGCUGGAUACAGCAUCGGAAAGCUCUACGUCUUCACUUAUGCUCCUUGAAAACGAGCAUUCUUGAAUAAAGCUGGAGUGAUCGUGU